AGAAGAACGAGCCUCAGCAGUGAAGGCGCAAAAUCCCGUGUGCUAGCAUCAUUGGCUAGCAGUUGUGAUCUUUCGGACAACAUGGACUGGAAUCAGACCUGGUUGAGUCCAUUGGUUCGGGACACUGAGGUGACCCGUGCGGCCCGCAGAAAGAGUUCACACAAAAAAGUCCCACUGGCACAGGAUGAGACUCCUGGCACCAGCACUACCCCUGCUAGACCACUACUGCGCCAAACACCUGGAUCUCUCCUCAAACAAGCUUUCACCCCAAGAAGUGCCCUCAGGAACCCAGAUGUGUCGGCUAUCCUCAGGACAGGAAGCAGAACUCCUCGUUUCGUUAACACACCCCGUACUAAAGGCAGUCUGAGCAUGAACUUGGAUGACAGUGAUUGGACGAACAGUCUUUACCCGUCUCCUCUGUCUGGACUGGUGGACACCAGCUUCACUGAGGAUGUCAGCAUGAGCGCUCUCAUGCUAAAGGAAGAUGAUCCCGGAGAGGCUGCUUCUCUCAGUUUGUUUCCUGAAUUUCUGCAGUCAUAUUUGCGUCAUGCAUCCACAGCUGUGUUUGAUCUAUUGGAGGAUUAUGAGGCUCUCUGUCAGGAUAAGGUUAGUAUGUUGCAGAAAAUGGUUCUUCGAUCGGCCCCUGGUCAGCAGAAAUCCUCCAAGACGGUCAGCAUUACCUGGUUGCUGCAGCAAGAGAUGGUGACCUGGAGACUCAUCACUUCGCUGUACAGCCAGUAG